AUGGGUGUCACCAAGACCAUUCUCAAGGAGGGCUCUGGAGCUAUCCCCAAGGUCGGUGACAAGGUCACUAUCGAAUACACUGGCUACCUCAAGGACACCUCCUGCCCUGAGAACAAGGGAAAGAUAUUCGAUUCCUCCGUCGGCCGUGGGGCUUUUGUCACCGACAUCGGUGUCGGCCAAGUUAUCAAGGGCUGGGACGAGGGCGUUACCACCAUGAAGGUCGGCGAGAAGGCCUCGUUGGAUAUCACCAGCGACUUCGCAUACGGCAACCGUGGAUUCCCGGGUUCCAUCCCAGCUAACUCGGAUUUGAUCUUCGAUGUUGAGCUCCAGAAGAUCGGCUAG